CGGCGGCGGCGGCAGCAGCGGCGGCGGCGGCGGCGCUGACACCGACACCUCCCACCAUGGACAGCUUCGACUUAGCCCUGCUCCAGGAAUGGGACCUCGAGUCGCUGUGUGUCUAUGAACCAGAUAGGAAUGCAUUACGGAGGAAAGAACGAGAGAGAAGAAACCAAGAAACGCAACAGGAUGGUGGCACGUUUAAUUCCAGUUACUCUCUCUUCAGUGAGCCCUACAAGACUAACAAGGGGGAUGAGCUCUCGAACCGGAUUCAGAAUACUUUAGGCAAUUAUGAUGAAAUGAAAGACUUUUUAACGGAUAGAUCCAAUCAGAGUCAUCUUGUUGGUGUCCCCAAACCUGGGGUGACUCAGACUCCUGCGAACAAGAUUGAUGAACAUUUUGUGGCAGACUCAAGAGCCCAAAGCCAGCCCUCAUCUGUGUGUAGUACCACAUCUUCCACACCAGCAGCUGUCCCUGUGCAGCAAAGUAAGAGAGGAACCAUGAGCUGGCAAAAGGCUGGGCACCCAUCCUCUGAUGGCCAACAGAGAGCAGCACCACAAGGCUCUCUUAGAACCUUGCUUGGAGAUGGUGUUGGCAGACAGCAAUCACGGGCCAAACAAGUGUGUAAUGUGGAGAUGGGGCUUCAGACCCAGGAAAGGCCACCUGCGAUGGCAGCUAAGCACAACAGCAGUGGACAUUGUGUUCAGAACUUUCCUCCGUCAUUGGCUUCAAAACCUAGUCUGGUCCAGCAAAAACCAACUGCAUAUGUACGACCAAUGGAUGGUCAAGACCAGGCUCCUGAUGAGUCUCCUAAGCUGAAGUCCUCUACAGAAUCUGGUGUGCACUGUACAUCCUACAGGGGGGGCCCAGUCACUAAGUCAGAGUCAGCUAGAGCUAAGACCAAGCUUUCCAAAUUCAACAUCCCCAAACAAGGAGAGGAGACUAGAUCUGGAGAAAGCAACAGCUGUGUUGAAGAAAUAAUUCGGGAGAUGACCUGGCUUCCACCGCUUUCUGCUAUUCAAGCACCUGGCAAAGUGGAACCAAGCAAAUUUCCAUUUCCAAAUAAGGACUCUCAGCUUGUAUCUUCUGGACACAAUAAUCCAAAAAAAGGUGAAGCUGAGCCAGAGAGUCCAGACAAUGGCACAUCAAAUACAUCUAUGCUAGAAGAUGAUCUUAAGCUAAGUAGUGAUGAAGAAGAGAGUGAACAGCAGGCAGCCCAGAGAACAGCUCUCCACGCUCUAUCUGACAGCACCGUGGUCCAGCAGACCAACUGCAGAGGCUCCGUGCUGUCCAGCAAGGGCAGCAGCAGCGGCAGCAGCAGCAGCAGCAGCAGCUCCUCCAGCGACUCAGAAAGCAGCUCUGGAUCCGACUCUGAGACAGAGAGCAGCUCCAGCGAGAGUGAGGGCAGCAAGGCCCCCCACUUCUCCAGCCCUGAGGCUGAACCAGCAUCCUCUAACAAGUGGCAGCUGGAUAAAUGGCUAAACAAAGUUAAUCCCCACAAGCCUCCCAUUCUGAUCCAAAAUGAAAGCCACGGGCCAGAGAGCAAUCAAUACUACACCCCGGUAAAAGAUGAUGUGCAGGACUGUGGGAAACUAACUGACAUUUGCCAAACCAGCCUGAGAGAAAAGGAAGUCAAGACUGCCUGCAAGGAGGAGCAGAGGCCAAGGACAGCCAACAAGGGCCCAGGGAGCAAAGGGGUGAAACAGAAAUCCCCACCCGCAGCUGUGGCUGUGGCUGUGGCAGUGACCACUGCUGCCCCGCCAUCCACGGUGCCCAGCGCACCCGUGGAGAACGCACCCGCGCCCACCCGGAGAUCUGCGGGCAAGAAGCCCACCAGGCGCACAGAACGGACUUCUGCAGGGGACAGUGCCAACUGCCAUCGGUCAGAGGAGCCUACGGGCACAGACACCCUGGGGGCCAGUGUGGUGGCUCCCCCAGAACCUGCCAAAACCAAGCCCUGUGGCAACACCAGAACGAGCCACCGCAAGGAGCUACGCUCCUCCGUGGCCUGUGAGAAGCGGCGCACCCGGGGACUGAGCAGGAUUGUCCCCAAAUCCAAGGAGUUUAUUGAGACCGAGUCUUCUUCCUCAUCUUCCUCCUCUGACUCGGACCUGGAGUCCGAGCAGGAGGAGUACCCUCUAGCCAAAGCGCAGACGGUGGCCCCUGCUGCCACCUCGGGGAGUGACCAGAGACUGAAGGAGACUGCCAGCAGCAUCAGCACUGGCAGUGGCCCCCGGGCUCCCGUAGGCUCCAUCAACGCCAGGACUACCAGUGACAUCGCCAAGGAGCUGGAGGAGCAGUUCUACACUCUGGUCCCCUUCGGCCGCAACGAACUUCUCUCACCACUGAAGGACAGUGAUGAGGUCAGGUCUCUUUGGGUCAAAAUUGAUUUGACUCUCCUGUCCAGAAUACCAGAACACCUUCCCCAGGAACCGGGGAUCUUGAGUGCUCCAGCGGCCAAAGACACUGAGAGUGCACCGCCCAGCCACACACUAGACACUCAGGCAGAAAAGGCUUUGCCAAAAUCCAAGAGGAAACGCAAGUGUGACAACGAAGAUGACUACAGGGAGAUGAAGAAGGUCCAGGGAGAAAAAGAUAGCUGUUUGAGACUGGCUGCAUCUGCCAACAGUACCUUGUCUGUGAACCACUGCAAUAUGAACAUCAGUAGUGUGGCAAUACCAAUAAAUAAAAAUGAAAAAAUGCUCCGGUCACCUGUCUCACCCCUCUCUGAUGUAUCCAAACACAAAUAUUCCAGCGAGGACUUAACUUCUUCCAGUCGACCUCAUGGCAACAGUGUCUUCACUUCUGCCUCUUCCAACAAAAAGCCUAAGGCUGACAGCCAUGCCGGAGACCUUACGAAAGCUGCUCACAAUUCUGAAAAUGGUCUCCACAGUAAGUCACGGCCACAAACAGAGCCAUGGUCUCCAGGUUCCAAUGGCCACAAAGACUGCAAGAGACAGAAACUGGUCUUCGAUGACAUGCCGCGCAGUGCAGAUUAUUUUAUGCAGGAAGCUAAACGGAUGAAGCAUAAAGCGGAUGCAAUGGUGGAAAAGUUUGGGAAGGCGUUGAACUAUGCUGAAGCCGCCCUGUCGUUUAUUGAGUGUGGAAAUGCAAUGGAACAAGGCCCCAUGGAAUCCAAGUCUCCUUAUACCAUGUACUCAGAAACAGUGGAGCUCAUCAGGUAUGCUAUGAGACUGAAAACUCACUCAGGCCCCAAUGCCACUCCUGAGGACAAACAACUAGCUGCAUUGUGUUACCGAUGUCUGGCUCUCCUCUACUGGCGGAUGUUUCGACUCAAAAGGGACCAUGCUGUGAAGUAUUCAAAAGCACUUAUUGACUAUUUUAAGAAUUCAUCAAAAGCCUCCCAAGCCCCAUCUCCAUGGGGUGCCAGUGGAAAGAGCACUGGAACCCCAUCCCCCAUGUCUCCCAACCCCUCUCCCACCAGCUCCGUGGGGUCUCAGGGCAGCCUCUCCAGCAGCAAUGCCCUGUCCCCGUCGACCAUCGUUAGCAUCCCCCACCGCAUUCACCAGAUGGCUGCCAAUCACGUCAGCAUCACCAACAGCAUCCUCCACAGCUAUGACUACUGGGAGAUGGCUGACAACCUGGCCAAGGAGAACAGAGAAUUCUUCAAUGACCUGGAUUUGCUCAUGGGACCGGUCACCCUGCACAGCAGCAUGGAGCACCUGGUGCAGUACUCCCAGCAGGGUCUGCACUGGCUGAGGAAUAGCACCCACUUGUCCUAGGCACCUCGUCCUCCAGCCAGGUGCUCAGUCCUGUCCAUGGAUGGCUCACUAUCUCGGGACACUGUGCUAUUGAAAUUGCCAGCCACAGCAUUUAUCAAACUGCAGUGAAUGUGUCCUCCACAUCAAAACAAUGGUCUUUUUCCAGGGCAUGUGUGUUUGUACAUGUGGGUGUAAUGAGAAGCUGCCUGUGUAUGUGUGUAAGAUACACAGCUCUUCCGAACACGUUCUCCUUAGCUAGUUUCCAUCAUGCCAGGCUAGACAUGAGCAGAGGUCCCUGGUGAGAGGAAAGACCCACAUUACAUGCACACUCAUGUUCACACUCUUUCUUCCUUUUCCAAUGCUGAAUCAUGACGUCUUAGAAAGUCCAACCAAAAUCUCAUGGGUUAGUUAACCAGGUGCAGUGCAGCACACAGAAAACUUAACUGCCAGUUAAGUUGAAACCUAGCUCUUACCUUAUUGAUUACUUUCAGUAUUAAUAUACUCUUUCCCAAUUAUUUUUUAUCAGUGUGUAUUAAUGGGUAAUUGAGUAAUGAAAACAAGUCAGUUAUUUUUGUGCCAGAUGUUUACUAGAUUGCAUGUAACCAAAUACCUAGCCCAUCCUCCAAUACCUUCUUCCCAUCCAGCAUUAUUCUCCGCUAAACACAUUAUAAGCAAGUGCACCAAUUCCCACAAGCCUUCUUACCCUUGCCCAAAUAAUAUGAAAAUGGCACCACCAUCUGGUCAAUUUAACCCACAUGAAAGCAACAAUGACUAUUGGGAGCUCAGUUCAAAGUUGAAAUCUACACCUGUGACAAGCCUUCCAGGCACAUUCAUUUCCUCCUCCUGCCACUGUGACUGUGGCUGGAGAGCCACGUGGCCUUUACCGCAGUGUGUUCCAAGUCUUUUCUUUCCAUGGUAGCUUUCUUGCCACUUUUCUUGGGCCAAUAAGGACAUUGUCUAGAAUGUCCAUUGCUAGUGGUCUACCUGUUGCUUCUCAGGCUGAGAGCUCUUGGCCAUCCUAAUGCUGUCUGAUCUUCACAUUCCUGUAGAAUGUACUACAGGCCUUUGAUUCAUUUUGAUUUGGAGAUAUUUUUCAGGCUUUCAUUAAUAAGCUGCUGAUAGUGCAAGGGAAAUUGUUCCUGCAAUUUUUGUGAUUCUGUUUAGAGAAGCAGCAACCAGAGCACCCUGUGCUUAGACCUUGGGUCCCUGGUAUGCGUCUGUUUGCAUCUUGCCCUUGCCUCUUUCCUUUUUUCCUUUCCAUUCUUUUCCUUUCCCUUUCUUUGCUUUCUUCCCUUUUGAAUUACGUUUACAUUUUAGUUUUUUUAACAUCUCGUUUACAGUUUUUGUCUCAUUUAUUUGUUUUAUAAUGUUUUGUCAUACCCUAGAUUUAGUUUUCUUGUUAAAUGUAUUUGGAUAAAAAAUAUUGGUAAGAAGGAAACAACUCCUGCAAAAAGAGGGUGCGCCAUACCACACUUUAAAACUAAAACUAACAUCCUUGAGUUACUUGACAGGAUUGUAGCAGGUCAGUGUGAAAAGACAGGUAACACAAUCUCUGGGACAAUGUACUGUUCAAGGUGGUAGAGACACAAAGUGUGUGUGAUCCCUGCUGGUAGAGCUCACUACAUCCUUAUGUUUGGAUACAAUGUUCACAUUUUUGUCAGCCUGGUCUGUAGAUGGCAAAUAAGAUGACUGGGAUUCCUCUGCUCUAAGUACGGAUUCAAAACUGUGCAGAUGAUAGAGCAAUUGGUGAUUUGAGAUUAAUUGACAAUGAGCGAAUGAAAGCUUUGUGAAAUUCUCAUUUGGCUUUGACCUUAAUGCACGUGAGAAUAUUAACAGUACAAGUUGAGUGAUCCUUAUCCAAAAUACUUGGGACCAGAAUUGGUUUUAGAUGUCAGAUUUGUUUCUGAGUUUGGAACAUUCACAUUAAUAAAGAGUUAUCUUGGGGAUGGGUCUCUAAUGGAAAUCAGUUAUGUUGUAUAUGCUCCUAGGCACAUGACCAGGAAGUAAUUUUAUAUGCUGUUUCUGCAUUGUAGCUGAGACUCAUCACAUGAGGUCAGGAGUGAAACUUACCACUUAGGACAUCAUAUUGAUGUCCAGAAUGUUCUAGAUUCUGGAGCAUUUGGGAUUUGGGAAUUUUAGGGAUACUCAGUCUACAUUUCCAUUUAUACAAGUGAGGCUCUUUUCAUCUCCCUUAGUUAGCUAAGUUCAGGAUCCAUCUUACAUUGGAAAUUGGAAUCUACUUAAGAAACUUGGAAUCAGGUAUGUACAGCAGAACUGAGACUUUGUUCUACUUACCCUUGUUGGAAUUCUCACCUAAACAGUUGGCCCUAGGUGUCUGCCACGCAUCCCUGGAGAGGUUUUCUGGUCUUGUCUGUCCUUAAAGUGUCAGACUUUAUUGUGGCAUCCAUGUUAGCCUGCCUAAGAAGCCCCAUAUAAGGCUGAAGACCUGCGCUUCCAACAGAACUACAAACUGGUCCUUUCAGGGGAUGGUCAGAGCAUGGGAUCCUACCCAUGUUUCUCACUUCAUCUGUAGAACAUGAUGGGCUGCACUUUUUGAUGAGUUUGGCAUAAUCUGUUUGGAUCCAGAACCGUCUCCUGAAUAUGGCUUGUGAAAGUCAGUCAUAUCUCAUCCCUUUUCAUCAGUUGGGUACCAAGUUGAAACUUUUUUGGUGUGUUUUCUGAUUAUAAAACUGAUAGCUCUUUAUGGUUAAAAAUUCAAACAAGGCAGAAAGUCUAAGACUUUGAUUGUCUCAGUCAGCUGAAACAGCCAUAGCACACAUUUGAUAUAUAUCCUUCCAGAAACAUCACAUUUUCACAUACAGUGCUCAUUUGGACUUCUCAGGAUGCGUUCUUGCCUGAGGAGUUGAACCAAGUUCAGCUGACCUGGUGUGCUAUAACUUGACAAAAGAAUGCUAUCCUGUCACAUGCUCCGAUUUUUUUGUGAAAGAGAGCAGCCCAAGUAGAUCAGAUGUUGACAUCAGGCACCACUCUCCACACAGAUCAGAUGCAUGUGCAAAACUGUGCUGAGAAAUAGAGAGAGAGAGAGAGAGAGGUUUGUUUAAAAAAAGAAAAAAAGCUUCUGAAAACUUUCACGUUGCAAAUGGAUGAUGCUUGGACCUACUAUCUAAAGAGGAAUGUACCAGAAAAAUAAUCUGAAAGAGCUGAAAAACUUACAUACUAGGCUGAACACACAGAAUGCAAUGCAGGGAGACUUUCUGCACUAAAACCAAUUCUAGUAUUCCAACAACGAUGUUCUGGCGCCCAUACAUAAUAUACACAGUUUGUAUAAAUGCAUUCAUUUAAAAAUAUAUAUGUACAAUACAGCUAACAUGGAACUGUAGUAUGCCUGACAGAUAUUACUAGUGCCUAAUAUUGAGUAUAUGUCACUGCGUGUUCAUGUCACCUUGGAAGUGCAGUCAUUGUUACAAAACGAAUCAGUGCAGCAACAUUAUUUAUGAACCACACCUUUGAAACUGUGCAGUAGCAUAUACAUAUAUAUUUUUAAAUAACAUUUUUCACAGUUUUCCAGAGUUGCUGUUGAAAUCUGUAUCACCAAAAAAAAAAAAAAAGCAAGAUUUUUUUAAUGAUGUAGACGCUCUUCAGACCCAGUAACCUGCGUGUGAUUUCCUGUUUGUAGAUACCCAAGAGACUUCAGCAGUCACCGGCCUUAAUGCAUGUACAGGAUAUUAUUGUGACUUAAUUUAUCUGCAGUUUUUAAUCCAUGUGAAAUUGGAAUUUAUAAAUGGACUUGGAUUAAAUAUGUCUGCCUUUCUAAGGUUGCAAAUGUUACAUUAAAUGAUUUAUGUUGUACAUGAGAGAAAUUGAGUUGUAUGUUUAAGAAAAAUUGUCCACCAAUUCUGUGACUAUUUUACAAGGAAACUUGAGAAUUUAAAUAGGCUCACAUCAGCAUUUGUUUUCCAGCUAUCUUUAUCUAUUUGUUUU